GUGUUUAUAUAUCUGAUGUACAGGAAGUUAGACAGGCUGCAUAUUUACAGAUUAGUCGAUAUUCACAGCACACACUGUGGUGGUAAUGAUUUGCUUAGUGUUGCCACUUCCAGCAAAUAUUAAACAAUGUUCCCAAAGAAGGAAACAGGAAGCAGGGUGCUUGUUGUGCUGCUGUAGCGGCGGUAGAGUGAGAGUGAGAGGAGCCGAGCUGACGGUGGUUGCGCUGGUCGGACGGGACCUCCCUCUUCCCGCCUGCUGCUGGCUCCAGUAGGCUGGAGGAGGAACACCAGCCUGGCGGAGCGACGAGACGAGGGCGGAGCUGGCUGGCUGGUCCUGGCUGUCACAAAGAUAUGUUUCAUUUCAAUAACUACCACUCGCCACCACCACCACCACGCUAACUACACACCGUGUGUCUGUCUGGUGUCCACACGGCUCCGGGUUUGUAACACCGACGACGACGACGACGUUCCGCCGCCCCGAGGAGCAGCAGCAGGAUGCCGGUGAAAGGCGGAGGGAGACUGGCCUCUUAUCCGAGCAAGAGCGAAAAUGUCGGAAGCUCAGGGAUGGAGGAGAUGGUCUGGGAGCAGUACACAGUCAGUUUGCAGCGGGACUCUAAAAUGGGUUUCGGCAUAGCUGUGUCAGGUGGGCGUGACAACCCCAAUGUUGACAACGGUGAGACGUCAAUCAUCGUUUCGGAUGUGCUUCAGGGAGGCCCAGCAGAUGGAUUACUCUUUGAGAAUGAUCGUGUCAUUCAGGUCAACGCCAUACCCAUGGACAACGUGCCUCAUUCCUUUGCUGUGCAGUCCCUCCGUAAAUGUGGUAAAGUGGCUAAAAUAACGGUGAAGAGACCUCGCAAGAUGGUCCACUCACUGAAGCCGCCCGCGUCCCCGAGCGGAGACAGCCGGGUAUACACCCCCUCCAAUCACUACUACGACGCUGACAAUGACAACAGCUGGUACCGUGAACAAACCCGGGACCACGCCUCGGAAAGCAAAGGAUACCUGGACCCUGAGUACAGGGGAGGGCGGGACACAAACCAGAGAGGAAGGAGUCGCGGGAGGAGCCAGGAGAGAACCUCGCCCAGCCCGGACAGAUCCAGGAGGGACGGCAGCCGGGGACGAGCCCUGGACACCAGUGCCGACCGCCAGAGGUACCACAGCCGAGGCCGCAGCCCCGGGGACAGCUACCGCAUGGAGGACAAGUACGAGCGAGGAGAGGGAGAAGGUGGAGGAGGAGGAGGAUUAGGAGGAGGAGGAGGAAGAGGAGGGAAGUAUAGGAGCAGAGACCAGCUUAAUGACAACCCUCCAUCUCCAGAACCUUCCAGAGAGCUUGAGCCGCUGGAGAAACCUGUCAAUGUCCUGUUGGUGAAGAACAGACCCAGCGAAGAGUAUGGUCUACGCCUGGGGAGUCAGAUCUUCAUCAAACAGAUGACCAGCACAGGUCUGGCUGCCAUGGACGGGAACCUGCAGGAGGGAGACAUCAUUCUCAAGAUCAAUGGGACGGUGACAGAGAACCUAUCUCUGCAUGAUGCUGGGAAGCUGAUAGAGAAGUCGAGGGGGAAGCUGCAGCUGGUGGUCCAGAGGGACCGCCGUCAGAUCCUGGUCCGCAUCCCCCCCCUCGCGGACUCUGACUCUGAUAAUGACGACAUAUCAGAGAUGGAGUCAUACCAUUCCUAUUCUCCCCCAGAGGAGAGGAGGUCCCGCCAGUCUGACCUGUCCUCCCACUCUUCUAAUGAAAGAGACAACCCCAGGGAAGAACCCAUGAGGACACCCAAGAUGUCAGCCAUGGCCUCCCCAUUCAGAGUACCUGAAGACCCCCAGGCCUCAGCUGAGCCUAACAAAGACACACCGCACAUCGAGGAGCCUCCAGUUGCUGUAACAACCACGCCCAAGAUUCUCCUCCGACCAAGUCCAGAAGAUGAAAAAAUAUAUGGGCCAAACACGGUGAUGGUGAAUUUCCAGAAGGGAGACAGUGUCGGGCUGAGGCUCGCAGGAGGAAAUGAUGUUGGCAUAUUCAUUGCCAGUGUCCAAGAGGGCAGUCCUGCUGAGGAAGAGGGCCUGCGCAUCGGAGAUCAAAUCCUAAAGGUGAACAAUGUGGAUUUCCAAGGUGUUGUGAGAGAGGAAGCAGUGCUCUUCCUGUUGGAGAUUCCUAAAGGGGAAGUGGUCACCAUCCUGGCACAGAGCAAACCUGACGUCUAUAAUGAUAUCUUGGUGUCGGGGCGUGGAGACUCCUUCUUCAUCCGGACCCACUUUGAGUACGAGAAAGAGACUCCUCAGAGCCUGGCCUUCAGCCGGGGGGACAUCUUCAAGGUGGUGGACACCCUCUACGACGGCAAGCUUGGCAACUGGCUGGCAAUCCGUGUUGGAAAGGACAAGCAGCUGCUGGAGAAGGGCAUCAUCCCCAACAAGAGCAGAGCGGAGCAGAUGGCCAGUGUCCAGAGCUCUCAUAAAGCCGUUGCGGGCGAUCGAGCGGACUUCUGGCGGUUGCGAGGCAAUCGUUCUCUGAAGAGGAAGGACCUGAGGAAGAGCAGGGAAAACCUGAGCGGUCAGACACUGGCCACCCGCUUCCCAGCGUACGAACGAGUGGUGCUCCGAGAAGCUGGUUUCCGGCGUCCCGUGGUGCUGUUCGGCCCCAUCGCCGAUGCUGCCAAUGAGAAACUGGCGUCUGAGAUGCCUGACCUGUUUGUUAUUGCCAAAACCGAGCCGAAAGACGCCGGAUCGGAGAAGUCCUCAGGAGUGGUUCGCCUGAACACCAUCCGACAAAUCAUCGAGCAGGACAAGCACGCCCUGCUGGAUGUGACACCCAAGGCAGUGGACACCCUGAACUACACCCAGUGGUACCCCAUUGUCAUCUUCUUCAACCCAGACAACAAGCACGGCAUCAAGGCCAUGAGACAGAGGAUCGUCCCCAACUCCAACCGCAGCGCCCGCAAACUCUACGAACAGGCCGUCAAACUGAGGAAGACCUGCUCUCACUUAUUCACUGCCACCGUUGAUCUGAACUCAGCCAAUGACGCCUGGUACGGCAGCGUCAAAGACUCUAUCAGAGAGCAGCAGAUGCAGGCUGUGUGGGUUUCUGACGGCAAGCUGGAGGGAGUAGAGAGUGAUCUGGACUGCCAGGACGUGGAGCGUCUGUCCUUCCUGUCCGCCAUGUCCGCCGACUACCUCAGCUUGGACAGCCGGCUGACCUCCGACCUCGACGACACCGCCGACGAGGGCGGGGCCUACACCGACAACGAGCCCGAUGCGGAGAUGAUGCACAUCUCCGCCAUCAGCCGCUCGUCCGAACCCGUCACAGCCGAGGAGAUCUUGCGCAGGUACAGUCCAGACAUCAGGAGUCGCAUGAGGAAAAUCAGCAGCCGUGAAGUCCUCAACAGGUCCAGCCCUCCACCUGUCUACUUACCAGACAGCAAGGUGAAACUGUCUCUGAGGGACGAUCCGGUCCUCGUAUCAGGCUCCACCAACCCACACCAUCACCACCGUCAUCACCACCCUCCACCCCCCAGCUCCAGCCGAAGUUACGACUCUCCAUCCAGCAGCAGCCCCGCCAGCAGCAACAACGACCCUCCGCCGCUCAUCUCCCGUUCACCCGCCUCCUCCUCCGGUCCGCUGCCCCUACCUGCGGCUCACCACUUCAACUCCUGCAGCAAACCGUGGCCCCAGGGAGCGCCCCAACCACCCGCGACACCCAAGCCCAGCAGCUGCGGGAGCACGGCAGAGGCUACAGUUCACUCGCCUGUGGCAGCCUGUAGGCAGCAGGAGGAAGCAGUAAGGGACAACCCUGCGGAGGAUCCGUCCUUGAGGUCCUUCCUGGGGAAGAUCAAGGCCUUCGAGAAGAUGGAUCACUUCGCCCGAGCCCAACGGAUGCUGGAACUGCAGGAGGCGCAGAAUGCCAGGUUGGAGAUUGCGCAGAAGCACCCAGACAUCUAUGCUGUUCCUCUGAAGACAGCCAAGCUGGAUCACAGUCGCCCACAGCCUAUCGGCUCCAGCUCCAGCUCCCGUACUGAAACCCAGACUCCUCCGUCCUCCAAGGAGGGACGUCCCUUCUACCCCAGCGAAGAGGAGCCAAAGGGGGAGGCAGCGCCGGGAUACUACUCCGCCAACUCCUUCCAGUACCAGGACACCCAACUGUAGGGUCAGCACACAGCAGCUGUGGCUUCCUGGACAUACAUGUUACACAUGCACUGCAUAUGCAGUCUAUUUACACACAUACCAUUCCAUCAUGCCCUGCACAAGUAAGCUGCUGACCUUGAACUGACUCUCGCUUCUUUGAUAUUGGGGGAGGGGGGGAGGGAGGAGGGAUAGGAACACACUUUUAAUGGUCAAAACUGAGUGAUUAGGAACCACUUGUUUUCUUGCCUAUGCAACUCUUCAGUUUGUGCACAGCAACUGAAGCUUAUUGCCACGAGUUUUGCCCUCACGAAAACCUCAACAAACCUAAAAACCACAAUGCGCUUUAUCACAUCUAUCCCCUUCUUUUUUAAGCUCCUAUUAUUGCCAGCUACGAUCAACAAAAUGUUACGUAUAUAUUAUUACAUACAACGUAUAUAUGUGUGUAUAUGUAUUUAAAGUCAAGUGUUUAUACUCUGUCUUUGCAUUCCUUCGUAUAUGACAAUGCCUGUGUAUACAUACAGUAUAUAUAUAUAUAUAUAUAUAUUAUCUAUAUAUAGUCUAUCUAGUAACACUGGAAUUUGUUACAAUUUUUUGAAGUGCCUUUUACUUUCUUAGUCCCAUGAGGUUCGGGUUGUCUUUCCUCCGCCCCUCAGCCACCCAGCCGUAUUAAAACCUCUGCUGCUGUCAAGCUUAAAGGGAAACCAGGGAACCAGUGACACCAAAAUCUCAAUGCUGUCCCCACACACUGUACUGUCUGCUGUCACCACCGGUGACGAAUAACAUACCCACAAAAAUACAGUACAUACCCUGCAGCCAGUCCUAUCUGCCAUGUGUAAGAAAGAGCCAACACGGUCUGAUCUCUAGAAUCCAAAUCGAGAACAAUAUCAGUUUAAAACCAGUUUGAAACUUUAAAAUUGAGAUAAUUAGAGUUGGUCAAAGUUGUAAUUGGUAAAGGCCCAGUCACUCACAGGCAACAGCAAUUCAUUUCAAUGGAAUCUGCAAAAUUGGUGGACAAGCUCGCGUGGUGAAUAUUUUGCAAGUUCAGUUUUGGUGAACUUUAACACGGGUUAUUCACCGAUAGUAUAUUGUCUUGACAGGGCUGACCUUUGAAGGAAUGGAGAGCCAGAGAGUCCAAAAUAAAAGAAGCUAUCAUAGAUUAUUAACUGUGUUGCACUUUUAUAUAUAACCUCCUCUGUCA